GAGGAUUUGAAUGUGUUUGUCGUUGACUGGGGCAGAGGGGCCAAGGAUAUUUACACUAAAUCGGUACAAAAUGCCAGAGUUGUCGGAAGAGAGUUGGGAAUGUUCGUUCAGUUCCUCAUGAAAGAAACGAUCGCCCUCUAUAACAUGAUGCACUUUAUCGGACACAGCUUGGGCGCCCACAUCUCCGGCUUUGCUGGUGAGACAACUCCGGGAAUUGGACGAAUAACAGGUCUUGAUCCUGCUGGUCCAGAGUUCCGUAACACCGAUCCGGCUUGUAGGUUGGAUCCCACUGACGCUCUUUUCGUUGAUAACAUUCACACAGAUGGCGAAACUCUCGCCACACUUGGUUUUGGAACGUUGCAAGCGGUAUGUAUAUAUACAGUUCUGUUUUAA